AUGGAAGCCACCCCAACGGCGGUGGAGCAAGCGGGCUGGUGGCACCUCGGUAGUCUAACUGUCAGCAAGUGCACACUGUUCACUUAUCCGGCCCCCCCGGGGAGCGGAACCGGCCGCCUCCGGGACGUGGGAAGCCUUCGCCUCAGUCAUGGCUUUGGGGCUCUGUCACAUCUUAUCGAGACACUCCACCCGACCGACUGCGGUCGGCCGAGUUAG